AUGAUGCAUAGCCAUCGUCGUUGCCUUGACAUCCGCAGCCGAAGACGCAAUUUGUCCAGCCGUCCUCUGUCCGGUCUGUCCUUUACCGUUCAGACGUCUCUUCUGUAUCUGCUGGUUCUGCUGCUCACCGGCGAUUCCGUCUACAUACAGGCCUCGCCCUCGUUCGGCUAUUCGUCCGGUCUGGCCCAACGCAGCCAGACGGGUCUCGAGGCCGUCCUCAACGCCGCGGCUGCAGAAGUUCCUUCCCCGACCGGUGGCGGCGGCGUAGAAGAGAUGGUCGAGUCGAACGGAAUCGGUGAACCAUUGCGUCUACGACCCGUCGGCCAGCCGACAGAACUGGCAAGAGCAUUGAGCAUUGAGGGCUUCAUUGAACCGCCUCGACGACCUGCCGUAUUCAGCAGUCCACAGGCUUUGAGACACUACUUGCGCCGGUUAAAUGAAUACUUCGCCAUCAUCGGCCGGCCAAGGUCAGUCUCCUCUCGGAGACUUUGCCACUGUUUUCGUAUUAGAGUAGAAUUUCGAGGCUACCAGUAA